GCAAAGCAAAUAAACUGCACAGAUGUAAUUGCUUAUCCAGAUUGGAUACACAGAACAGAUAACAUAGUAUUGAAGAAACUGCAGUUUUAUAUAAAGUAUUUUGCAAGCUGUAGUACUCUUUAUCAGAAAUGUAUCAAGUAAUUUCCCUGUAGAGUACCAUUAUCCAUUAAUGUAACAAACAAUAGACUGUUCAUGAAAGGGCUGAUAUUGACUAAUAUAUAACAAGCAUUUUAUCAGGAUUCGUCAAGCAUCUUACCUUCAGGUAAUUAAGGAAUUUCAAGUGUGGUAUGUUGCUGCAAUUAUCGGCCUUCUAAUUGAUAAAAGUAAUUGCAAAGCCAUGUAUGUCUGCUGUUUCUGAACAAAGGGGAUCCCAGAGAAGCUUUUACAACCAUUUGUGUUAAGACUGAACAAGCGCACACGCUUAUGGCAAGGGACCAUGGAUUUGUCUGCAUUAAAUGAGGAUCUGGAAGAUGAUAUUGCAGCUCAGUAUGUCAUCCAUCAAAGUCUGCAGGACAUCUACAGAAAGGAUUCUGUUGUCCAGAAUAUGGAGAACAAUAGCCAAUGUCCCACAAGUGCUGAACAUGACCAGAUAGUUGCUGCAAUACACGCAGGUGAUGAAAAGACUUUAACCAAACUGAGUUCCCAUCAAUCUGCAUUUCUUGAGGCUGAUGAUAGAGGUUGGAUUCCACUUCACGAGGCUGCUAUACAAUCUAACAAAAACAUUCUGGAAAUUGUUUUAAAAUCUUCUAGCUACAGUGUUUGGAAGAAGACCACUCUGAAAGGGGAAACACCUUUGUUUUUGGCUGUAGACCAUGGUAAAGUGGAUAACGUUAAUUUUCUCCUUGCUAACAAUUGUAAUCCGAAUACAAUGGACAACACAGAAGAUUCUCCUUUAGUUAUAGCAAUACGACAUGGCUCCUUCGAUAUUGUGUCUCUGUUGCUGCGUUUCAACGCCUGUGUGAAUUUGCUGUGUGCUGACAACAGAACUGCUUUACACGAAGCUGCAAAACUGGGCCGGAAAGACAUUGUGGGUGUUUUGCUUCGUGCAGGGGCUGAUACAGAUGCUACUAGUAACUUUGGGUUUACACCUUUGGCACUUGCAGCACAGAAUGGGCACGCAGAUGUAAUGGAACUCCUCAUCCAAAAAGGUGCUGCAGUUACAGCCCAAGCUUCUGAUUCGGCUUCUGUCCUGUUUGAAGCAGCCUCUUCGGGUAACCCAGAUGCAGUUUCUCUUUUAUUGGAAUACGGAGCAGACGCCAACGUACCAAAGCACUCGGGUCACUUGCCAAUACACCGGGCAGCAUACAGGGGACACCUCUUGGCACUAAAGAAACUAAUUCCAGUGACUGAUCACAAUGCCAUUAAAAGAAGCGGCAUCAGCCCAAUCCACUCUGCGGCCGCUGGAGGACACUCACAGUGCCUCAACCUUCUUCUCAGAUCUGGAUUUGAUGUCAAUUUCAUGUUGGCCCAGAGAGUCCGCAAAGGUUAUGACGAUGAAAGAAAAUCGGCUUUGUACUUUGCAGUUUCCAACAAUGAUAUUUCCUCAGCUCAUCUUCUGCUGGAGGCUGGAGCGCUUCCUAACCAGGACCCUAUAAAUUGUCUGCAGGUUGCACUUAGAAUUGGAAACUACGAACUUGUGAAUCUUUUGCUCCGUCAUGGGGCCAAUGUCAACUACAUAUGCAAAGUAAAUCCAUUACACUUCCCAUCAGCUCUUCAGUAUGCGCUGAAAGAUGAAGUCAUGUUAAGAUUGUUGCUGAACUACGGGUACAAUGUUUCUAAAUGUUUUGAGUGUCCUCAUGGGAAUAAUAUACAUUACAUACACGGAUAUGAAGGAUGGACAUCUACAGUAAUUAAAGACACCAUGUUCUGUGAAGUGAUAACAUUAAACUGGCUCAAACACCUAUGUGGAAAUGUUGUGCGUAUAAUGCUGGACUAUGUUGAUCAAGUGGAAUUUUGCUCCAAGCUGAAGAGUGCACUUAUGCAGCAGAAACAUUGGCCAGAGAUCCACAUGAUAUCAACAAAUCCUCGGACCCUGAAACAUCUCUGUCGGCUGAAGAUCAGGAAGUGCAUGGGCCGUCUGCACCUACGUUGUCCAGUUUUUAUGUGUUUACUUCCACUCCCCAACCGCUUGAAAGACUACGUCCUUUAUAAGGAGUAUGAGCUUUUUGGCCAAGGUCACUUUGUAUCGUGACUUGGCCAUAUGUCACAAUAUGUGUAGUAAAUAAUCACCUUCUUGGCAAUAAAAAGUGCUACUAGUAAGAGGAAA